GCAGCAUGGUGUUAGUACAAAUACUGGUUGGGUACUUGUGCGAUGAAACAAGCGUUAAAAGUCUUUGAGCACUAGUCGAUGAUUUAAUAGAUCAUUUCCACUUAAUUAUUAGUUAGGUGCAUGACAAACUCUGUGACACUUGAACUGUAAGCUUUGUUCGUUCUUGGUCUACCUGAGGCCGUUUGAGUUGGUCGAGCUUACAGUUUCGUAAAUUUGAAUUCAACAAGCUUGACUAAGAUGGCAGAGGAUAAAAAUAAGCCGAAAGGUGCAAUGAAUGCUUAUGCAUUAUUCUUGCAAUCUAUGCAUGCUGACCAUAAGAAGAAACAUCCAAACGUGAGUUUGGAUUUCAAAACUUUCUCGAAAGAGUGCUCUGAACAAUGGAAGAAUCUUUCAGCUAAAGAGAAGAAAAAGUUUAAAGACUUGGCUGACAAAGACAAGGAACGUUAUAAAAAUGAGAUGGAACACUACGAACCUCCAGCCGAUGAAGGCCGUGCCAAGAAAAGGAAAAAAGAUCCGGAUGCGCCAAAGAAGGCGUUGUCCGCAUUUUUCCUGUUUUGUCAAGACGAACGACCCAAAGUUAAAUCUGAAAAUCCUGAUUGGAAGGUCGGUGAUAUUGCUAAGGAGCUCGGAAAAAGAUGGGAACACUGCAAAAACAAGGCUAAGUAUGAAAGCUUAGCUCAAGUUGAAAAACAACGUUAUGAUAAAGCAAUGCAGAAAUACAAAGCUGGGAAAAAGUCCAAGACAGAAGACUCAGAAUCAGACGAUUAGCCCAUAGUGCUGGAAGCUUUGAUGUUGGCGUACAGUUUCUGUACACAGAUGGUGUUAUUUUAUAUUGUUUACAGAUGUCCUUUUUUGAAUCCAUCGGGCCGUCCUGCAUUUGUAAUAUGAUGGCUACUGUAAUCUUUUUAUCAAAUACACUUUAUAAGUUU